GCAUUUCUCGGCUGCGCGUUCCCCUAGAGCUCUCAGCCCCCAGUUGUAGCAGUGUCAUGGCGUAGUGUGUCCGCUAGCUCUCAUCAUUGCACCCCCAUCCCACCUCCCGCGCACCAAAUCCCAGCACAACCAAGCCAACCAACUUUACGGAGCAACAUUUCCAUUCCCCCGGAGCAAGUUUCUACCGCGUUUGAAGCGCAGGCUCAUACAUACUUGAGCCGAAAUGCCUCCGACAUCGUUAAAGGACGUACUGCAGCCCGCCAGCCUGGGCUACACCCGGGUCCUGACCACCAUCACAGUAGACGUCAACAUCGACGAUCUAGGAAAUGUCAGGAUCGACUGUAUCCGAGAAGACAAGGAGAUGGGCAAGAAGGCCCUACUGCCCAGGAAAACUUACUGGACUGAGGAAUACAGAUGGAAUAGACUUACAGUCGGAUCGCCAGAAGAGAGAAGAAAUUGGUCACUGAAGAGCAUCGUAGAUGGGGUUGACGCCCCAGCAGAGGAGUACCUACGGUACAUAGAAGGAAGGACAAGCCCCAAACCAGAAGCUUUGGAGGCUCUGCCACCAGUUGAGGAACCGGAGUCGACGGAAGAAGAGAAGGUAGACAGUGACGUAAGCUAUCCCAUUCCUGAAAUCAACAGCCUUGACACAGCAGUCGAGGCUGAUGAGACAUUCAGUUCUGAAGAAGAAGAGGACAGACCACCAGCUCCUCCACCGAGGGUUGACAGUGUUACCACAGAAGACAAAGAACCAGAAGAGACAGUCACAGAAACAGACGAUGCGUUAGAUAGAACACAACCGGAAGAUGAAGAAGAACCAGAAGUAGAAGAGGUUGUACUACGAAUAGUAGAACCACUGGACGAGACUGUCUUAGAAACCACAAAGACGUCUGAAGAAGUAUGCGCACUCCCACCAGAAUCCCCCGACAUCAUACAAGACACUUCCCCUGAAGACACCAUCAUUCCAGAAGAAGUUUCAGACCAGCAAGACGAAGAAGAAGAACAUGUAGACAAAGAUGAACAUGAUGAGGAACAGGAAGUAGUAGAUGAUGCCCAAUUAAAAUCCCCAACUAAAAGAGUGCGUUUUCAUCCUGAAGCAAUCUACGUAAGUACCAUCCAAGAAGCUGUAGAGGAAGACGAAGGUGCGUCCUUGUCACCAAUCCCCGAAGAAGACACAGCCGCGGGGAAACAGACUAAAGAACCGGAACCAACAUCUCCUGAAGAAGAGAAGGACGACGACAGUGAUGCUGAGGAUAAACCACAGGAUACCCAAAUAUCAGUAGAAGUAGACGUGCACGUCUCAGCAGACAAGGAAGCUGAAGACGAGGAAACAUCAUCAGACGCUCCUCUUGCGGAGGAGGAGAUCCUCACAACCGACGACGAAGCAACAGACUCAAUAGCAGACGACAAGGAAGAGACUCAAUCAGAAGCUGAAGUUGAAGCAGAAGGUGAACACAAGGAAGAAGAGAGUGGGCCUUCCGUGGAAGAAGCUCACGAAAGUAAAGACGAAGCUGAUGAAAAGGAGCAAGACGAGGAGGGAGAAGAGCCUCAAGUUCCACAGGAGAAAGCUUCGAUAGAAGAGGAAGAACCACCGCAGGAGGAUGAAGCUGUACAGGAAGAAGAAGCAGUCUUAGAUGAAUCGGAUGUCUCUUCUGUUCCCAGGGAAUCACUUGGGGAGGAAGAGCUUCAGGCACUGAUAUCCGAUGACUGGGACCUGCUAACUUACGACGAGCCUGACGAUGAUGACUAUCCCCCGCUGAACAGCUAUUGCCCGCCAAAGUCGCCAGUGGGAGGGCAGGUUGCUGAACCCGUUGUCGUUGAGUUUGAAGAGUCAUAUGCAGAGGUGCUGAAAAAGGCACCUCCACCAGCAGAAGAGGAAACUCCAGAGGAUGAAACUCCUCCAGAUGUAGAAACAACUCAAGAGGACGAGGCCACUUCAGAGGAAAAAGCUCCUUCAGAGGAAGCUCCUUCAGAGGAUGAAGCUCCUCAAGAAGAGGAAGAGGCUUCUGAGGAAGUGGAGGAAGCCCCUGAAGUGAAGGAAGCAGCAUCUGAGGAUAAAGCUGCUUCAGAGGAGGAAGCUCCCCUAGAAGAGGAAGCAGCUACUGAAGACAAUGCUCCUUCAGAAGAAGAACCCACUGACGAAGAUACGAAAGAAGAUGAUAGUCCAUCCAUCAGCCAUGACGACACUCCAAAAGAGGAGGAGUCCGAAUCAGAAGAAGAGGCGACACCACCACAAGCAGACGAGCAAGAGGAAAGCCAAGAGGAAGCCACCAAGGCCUCAGAGGCCGCACCAUCUCCAAAAGAAGAGACAUCUACUCCGGAUGACGAAAAAGAUCAGGAAUCCGAAGAAGAAAAGAGUCAACCGCCCACUGACAAACAACCUGCAGAAGACGCGGAUGACCCUCAGUAUUUUUACGACCGGAUGUUGUUCUACUGGAUGACCAGCGGAACGUCAUUGGUGACAGCUAGGUAUUCUGACAAUGAAUCGUAUUCCGAUGAGUGGGACCUGUCAGAUUAUGAAGCCGGAGAGGAGGACUUUCCUCCCCUCACCAGCUAUAGACCCCCCAAGUCGCCGAUUGGCGGGAAGCCACCGACAGAACCUGUUGCCGCAGAGUUCAAGGAAUCAUUCGCUGCCGUCGUCAGUAAGCCACCACAAGUUGUUGAAGAGACUGCAGAAGAAGCCGAGCCGGUAGAGUCAAUUCCCUCUACAAAAGAUGAAGAUCAAACAGAAGAAGUCUUGCCUGAAAAGGAGGAAGAACCGGAAGUGAGUCCGGCAGAGGAACGUGCCGUUCCUGAUGUCUCACCUGAGGAAGACGACGGUGAAGAGUCGUCUGAGGACGAGAAGGAAGAUCAUGACACUGAACCGCAAGGCACCGUCACUGAACAAAAAGACGAAGAACAGUCUGUCAGUGAUUGUGCUGCUUCUGGUGAUGAGGCGGUCAUAGUUCCGUCAGAGGUGACGGAGGGCGAUGACAAAGCAGACGAUGAAGACAACGACGGUGGAAGCCUAGAAGCCGUAAGAGGCGACACGCCUACAGACGAAGACCUAUCUGAGAAGGCAGACUUCGAGUCAUCAGAGAAAACGGAAGGAGAAGACAGUGCAGGUGCUGACACAAGUUCUGUUGGCAGCACUGAACAUGACUUGAAAAAAGACGAGACACCAGACGAAGCAGAAUGUGACGAAUCGGCCGAGAUAACUGCCGAUGACCUACCAACAGAAAAAGCAGACGAUGUUAGUGAAUCACCCACGGCUGACGUGGACAAAGAGACACCUGCUGAUGAGUCAGGUGAAGAAGCAAUUGCAUCAGAUCACGAAGAUGCUGAAGAACCAGUCAAGGAGGAAGACAACAAACGAAGCCCGCUACAGCGACAGGAAGCAAUGUCAAAAGGCGAAUCUAUCGAAAGCCAAGAGUCAGCUACUGCCGCUGAUACCAGCGAUAAAGCUGCCGACACAUCCUCCUCUAAAGACGAGCCAGAACAUCAAGCUAAGGUAAAAGCAGGCGAGGAAAUCCCAGAGGAAGACGUAGAAAUGGGUGAAGAUGAUGACGAUUCCUUGAAAAAAGAACGGGAGGAAGAGAUGCUUGACAAGACACGUGAAACCAAAAGCCGAGACUCGUCUGACAGUGAGGAUGACAGUAGCUCUAAGACCCGCCCACAAGCACUAGCUACAGGUGAGUCAACACCAAGGGAUGAUACGAAAGAACCGUGUGAGUUUGCUGUAACAAGCGCAGAUCGUGAAUAUCAACCUAACACGGGGGCUUCAAAUGAGGGAAACACAGAGUGUACUGAUGGUCAUUGUAGUAGCGAGCCGCAAGCGGUGUCUUUGCCACAGAAUGAAAUGUCAUGCCCUGAGCAGGAAACAGGAAGGCUCAGGGUGCUGCCGUGGGCGAGAUGGGAGAAGAUUGACGACACAUCGCCCCGGACAGUACGGCGGAGGCCGCCAUUCCUCGAACUUGAAGCACCUGUCUGUGAGGCGUCGUCGGAAGAAACAUCGCCGAUACAACAGCGUGCUGAGCCAAUGGACAUAAAGGAGGCCAAUGAGUCGACGCCAAGGAGGAGCUCCACAUCGUCGGCUGAAACAUCAGAGGAAGAAGAGGAGGAAGAAGAAGCGAUUUCUUCUGGUGACGAAGAGGGUGAGUUUGACGUACCAGAGAGAACAGAAUCUCCAGAAGAAAGGCUGACACGCACAGACGCGUGGGCUACCUCAGGCGGAAACUUGUAUUUAGGUGCAGCUACUAGAAUGGUAAGGAAUCAGCUGCCGGACAUUCCCGAACACAGCCGGGAGGACGACUCAGAAGCAUCCGACGAUGAUAACCAGCAAGACGAAGUAGAGAGACCGAGGCAAAGUGCAAAGCUAGCAGAUUCACACAGCAGUCCGUAUACACAUGAUAGGCAUCAUGAGGAAUUAGAGAGUUCUGAAGAAUCAGAAUUAGACCCUGAGGAACUGCAUUAUCUCGACAACGAUGAUGAAGAGCAGUGUAUAAUGUUUGAGGAGGACAGACCAGAAGGUAAUCCGCUGUACCUGCGACAAAUCCAUGGGGAAACGUACACUGAGCAGCAGACAGGCAAUAAGGAUGAUACAUCCUCAGAUGAUUCGGAGGACGAAGACAAACGGCAGGCUGUUAUGGAGCACGACCGGCUUGUAGAACUACAGGAGGAUCUUUUUGAGAAAGACAGCUUAGAUGACGUAGACGAUCAUGUGACAUCUACUGACGUGCUAAGAGAAUAUGAGGACCAAUCAAAACUGUCCGCUACAGAACCGACCGAAUACCGGUGUGACGAUGGGGAGGAUGCAGAUCUGAUGGCUGAAGGGGAAGUAGACCCUUCAAAUAACAAUGAAAUCCUGUUGGCGUCUGAAGGUCCUGGUGAUGAUAUGGAUUCUGACCAUGAAGAAUUCCACGUGACAGUGUCAGAGAAACACCUGGUGGACACGUCCACACAACACCUUAUAGUCAUAACAAAAGACGCAGACGAGGACAAAGACCAGUGUCAAGAAAAGACCUCAAUGGACUCAUUCGAAAGUACCGGCCCGUCCACUGAGGGUGGGUCAGACACGUCUGAUGACGACGGUUCUGGUAAGAAGAAGCGACGGCGCAGACAAAAGUACGGUGAACAGCGAUCUUUUACAGAAGCUAUUCACCACGAUCCAGACAGUCCAACAUACAUAUCUCGAAUGAACUUUGAGUUCAAACAUCCUGAAACAACUGAUUCAGAAAUAGUGCUGCCACUGGAAGUUGAACAAGAGUGCACGCCAACGCCGGAAAAUAUUCCUGUCGAAUUGGUGGCUGAAUCAGAUCAUCAGAUGUGUACCGUUGAAGAUCAAGUUAGGGAGGACGGCACAAAGGCAACAGUGCCAGAGUCUGGGGCUGAAUCUGUCGGUGACAAUGAUCAAGAAGACGAUACCUUUGAUCAAACUGUAAGGGAGCAUGUGGAGGAUACCAGUGUUGAUUCAGCUCCUGUUGUGUCAUCUGAUUCACCUGGUGAUGACAACAGGCCAAGAUCAGCAGAAUACACCGAUUCGUCCGAUUCAGACAGUGAUACCGACACCGCAGAAUCGGAAACGUCUGCGGACUCCAUCCUUGCCUCACCUGGUAACGGUGGUCCGGGUCCGUCUGGUGGUGGACAGUACCGUACUCCAAUGGCAACAGUCCCUGUGACGUCAUACUACGUAACAUCAGGUGUUCCUUUCACUAUGGACCCAACGACGUCAGAACACGUGGAGAUCCCACCCAUGCCGACGUCACCGAGACACAGCUGGGGUAUGCAGGCGAGCUAUACCUUUGAGGAACACCAGCCUGCUACCACCGGGCUACUGACCCCCAUCAUCAACGGUCACAUCCCUGUGGUCAAGCACCACGUCCAGUACGACGACCUGAAGCGUCCGAUCAUACCGAUCUUGUUGGACAUUGGCGACAAACUUAGCCCUGAGUACUCAGGCGAAACGAAAGCAGCAGAACCAUGCAGCAGCGAGCGAGAGAUAUUGUCUCCAUCGCCGUACGACAAUCUUCUUGAAUCAGACCUAGCUGAAGGGGAGGCUCAGCAAGGUGUGAACGUAGAGAGUCUACAGCCGAUGAGUUGCCGCUGCGUCGCCCCACCACCAGACCGAAAACCGUUCGAGUCACCGUCCGAUGAACUAGAACUCCCACCCAACCCUGACUUUAAACCAAUGGACUGUCUCUGCACCCAUCCCCAGAAGGGCGCCAGAGUGGUCUGGUCACCAAAGCACAGUCCACGGCAUUCGCCGCAGAACGUUGAACGAUGCUACGAAGCCAUUUCGAAUACGCUAGCCACCAGCAGGCAUAAUUAUGUCGAGUGCUUGAGGCAAGAGCAAGACGCUGAAGACGAAACAACCGCCCUGAAUCAAAGCCAACCAUCACAUGGCGAUGAUUUAGUCGGGGACAUGCCUGAGGGCAGAACUGUGACAAUCUUGCAGUUCGACAUGGAGGACGACAGGUCCUCACAAACAUCAUCCCCGCUCAGCGUCCAUUCUACCCACCUUGGCACUCCGCCAAUACUUGAAGAGGAACUCGAUGAUAGUCCUGCAUUUUCCCCAACGCGGCAGACGCUUGACACCUUUAUCCCGGUAUCUCCCCCUGUCAGAGAAAUCAGACAUCCUGGCAUCGUCCAGGAAGCCAUCCGCGCCCCAAGAGCUCGCAAACUCACAGAAACGGAAGACUCUACGAGUCAAGGGCACAGCCCAGUGUCAAACAGAGACGACGAGCUUAAAACGCCGACAGGUUCUCUGCUCUUUCCUUAUGACAAAAUUCAUGGACCCUAUCCUCCACAGGAUCAGCCAAGCUUUGUAACCCCAGACAGAAGAACGCAGGUAAAACGGAAGAGACCAUCUGAUGACGUUCAGGGUACAAGUCCUCGUCCUACAUAUACGUCACCGGUAAGACCGCGGACAGAUUCUCCAGCAGAAAAAUGUUUGUCUCCAUCAGAUCACCGAUCAAAAGACGCUUCCCCGUCUAAGAUACCAGACGAUUUUCCCAAGCUGUGCACCGGAAAAGUUCGGUCUAUGGUUAGUAAAUGGGAAGAAAUAGUGAAGAAGGAGCCACCAAAGAGUCCUCUGAUGCCAACAAGUUCUCCCAGUUCACCAGAAAUCCCCAGAUACGGGGAAAGGGAUGUAAUUUCCCCACCGUUCAGUCAUCACGGCUCUUCGCCUUACUACAUGUCGAGGAGAAGAACGGAAGAAACAUCACCAGAGGGCGCUUCAGCAAAGCAGCAGAAGGUGCAGAAGCACAAUGUUGACGUGUCUGCCAGACGACCACUUCAUGGUUCCCAUGCCCUCACUGGUGAAGAGGAGGAGAGUAUGAUCACCGCAACAGAAUACGGUGUUCCGUUCCAAACAACCGCGCACGACGACGGCGCUGAGAAAGUCUUGGUGUACGGUUAUGAAGUCGAGUGGGAUAUUCCGCGGUUGCAGGUCUGCCUCAGCCCGCGUGAGGGCUUCGAUGAUGAUGAGGACAGUAUGAGUGAUGAUGUCACUAUCAGUAGUCUGACGGAAACAGACGGAGAGGGUGGAGUGUCUGCAUCUUUGUCGUCUCUGGAGGAGUACAUCCUCGACCCAGCCCGCAUACUCGGUAGGCCGUCCAGCUUCACAGAGCUGCCCAUGAGUCCGGUAGAAGAAGAAGAGGAAAGUCCAGCAGAGGACAGCGCGCAGGGUAGCAGCAACACGAAAGAGGCGCUAAGUUCCCAUAGCGUGUGGGAAAGGCUGGGCGUUCUGGAGACCCCAUGCCCUUAUUUCUGCCAAAUGUGGCUGCCGAUGCUGAAAUAUCACCUGCUGGAUUUCCAGUAGAAAACGGCAGACGUGCACAACAAACACGCUGGCAAAAAAAGUGCCCCGAACCCACGAGAGGAGUUUUACAUGGAGAAGGUGUUACUGAGUGGGUGUAGGAACUUUUAAGUAGCAAAAGACAUGGUUAUGGCAAGGACGGGUGACUUAGGUACGCCCAAUCCGUGGUGGACAUUUUCGGUUCUGAGAACAUACAUCAAGAUUGUGUACAGGACUGGAGAACGCUGUGUAGACUGGUCAGUGAUAAGUGUAUAUUUAAGAAAGACAGAAGGGGGUUCCAAAAGAAUUCAGCACAUGCAGAAAACGCUGAGAUUCUAGAACCUUUUCAAGCUUUUUAGAGGCUCUCGUCACAUUCGUGCGUUUCCCUCUACUAUAUCCCAGUAAUAAAGACACGCCAUGACACUUAUUAUUGACGUAGUUUGAGUCGUUAUUUUUCAGAAAAAUUCUGAGUUCUGUUCUCAGCCAAAAAUUUCAUUCUGCCACAAAACCCCCGCCAUUCAAUAGGUAUAUGCAUGCUUCUAGUAGAAGAGCAACGUGAUGUAGCGUAUCUGUUUAGGAGGGGUGAGAUAGAUUUGUAACACAGGGGGCAACCGGUUGAUGAAACAAUGAAGUAUCGAGACAGGAAGGUUUAACAAAUGGAGUGAAUCAAAGGAUUCAGAAAGGCGAGGAAAGUAAUCUAAUUACGAGGAUGAACCAAUGGUUGUAUGGUAUUCAAAGAUGAAGAUAGAUACAGAUACAUUUCUUGACUUCUACAGUAGCAUGCAUAAACAACAGGCAUGAUGACGCAGAGAGCUAGCACAGCAACAAAUAAAGGUAGUGACGUAAAAAAAUAAAGAAACUCUUUUAAGUUUGUGUUUGAAAA